CUUUGGUCACAGAUGCUCACUUGACACGGUGAUCACAUCCACGGUGAACGAUCACGGUGAACCCGGAACGUUAAAGUGGGCGAUCCUAGAGACUAGGAAAACGCAUUUCUGUCGCAUUUGUCUGAGCUUGAAAAUUCGAAAUUUGGAAGAAAAUGAAGAUAUAUCUGUCCGUCGCUGUGAUCUCUUUGGUGUUUUUCAGCGUAAACGCAAAAGACUCUCCCCCAAAGGUUCAGGUGUACACCCAUAUACCUGGUGAUUACGGGGUGCCCAAUACGCUGAUAUGCCAUGUCACUGGCUUCCACCCCCCUGACAUUGUCAUCACGCUGCUGGAGGAUGGCAGAGAGAUGGCAAACGCCAAGCAGACCGACUUGGCAUUUGAGGACAGGUGGCAGUUCUACCUCACCAAAUCUGUUCCUUUCACCCCAGUGAAAGGAAAAACGUACGCGUGCAGAGUCAACCACAGGGACAAGGCAAACGAACACUACUGGGACCCUGACAUGUAACCCGGGGAUCAGGCGGCAGCAGGCAGGGUGCUGUACCAGGCUGCAGUGGGAAAUACAAACCAACUUCAGCUUUGACCACUAUUUGUAAUCGAUCAUAGGUGACUAGGCUUUUCCAAUCAGAGUUUGAGUCUCUGCCAUGGUUUCAUGUGUAGAGUUUGCAUGUUCUCCCCCGUGUCAUUGUGGUGUUUCCGCCUAAAGCCCAAAAACAUACUCAGGUUAAUUGGAGUUACCAUAUUGCCCGUAGGUGUGCGUGUGUGUGUGAGUGUGAGAGUGAAUGGUGUGUGCGUGUGAGAAUGAAUGGUGUGUGAGUGUGAGAGUGAAUGGUGUGUGCGUGUGCCCUGCGAUGGGUUGGCACCCCAUCCUGGGUUUCUCCCUGCCUUGUACCCAUUGUCUCCGGGAUGUUCUCUGGACCCUCGCGACCCUCUAUAGCACAAGCUUACAGAAAAUGGAUGGAAGCAAUUAAUAAUAGUUGGAUGUUGAAAUACUUUUCUUCUGAGCAGUGGGGGGAUUCCAAAAAAUCACCUAUGUAAUUGAUUUAACAAAUAAGUUCUUCAGCGCGCAUUUACUCAUUAUGUUUUAUGUCGGCAUUUCUGAAUUCUUUCUGUAAUGUUGUUAUAUCUUUAACAAGUUUUUACUUAGUUACAAACUCUGAUGUGGAAUUGGAUUUCAUUUAAUUUAGUGAUUUAUUUAUUAUGUUAUACAUUUUACCUUUAAUAGUGGAUCAUGUAGGAUAUGGAAAAAAUAAAGCUUAUUUAAGGUGUUGUUCCAGGUGUAAACUAAUCACAGAUUGUUUGGGGUGGAGGAAUAUUGCUGUGAUUAUUGUGAUACAUCAUUAAGAUUUUUUGAAUAAUUGAAACUAAAAAUUUUGAAAUUGAUUUUUUUUUUUCCAUUUAUGCUCUUAAUGAACCUUCACUUGAAAUAAAAAUGUUUAUAAUGUUUA